GAGCCGUUCCAGUCGCUGUCCUUGAGGAAGUCACUGGACAGCUACGCAGUUCUUCAGAAUGCGAAGCCUGCUGAAGUGCCUGCGGAUGCCACAGGCAAGGAGGACGCCAGUCCAGCAAAACCGCAGCCAGCCGGUGCCGACUCGCCGUUCUCUACUAGUUCAAGGUUCUCUCCACCAAGCAGAAAGAGCAAGUUUCGGUCUUCCGGGCCGGGCAUGCCAACAUCCACAGAGCAGGAGGAUCUUCGCAUUUGCCUUCAGAGACGAGCUGUGCGCCUCAAGGGCGAGAUCGACACCUGCGAAGAAGAAGUCCAGACUCUUCGGCAUCGACUCUCGAGAGCACACAGCGCCUUGCAGAGCAAGGAGCAGCGGCGAGUGCACUGGGAAACUCAGGCAUGCCGCAAGGACUGGGGCGAUGUGGAUGAUGUGGGCCCCGGGGCCGGGCCAUGCUUGUUCGCAUGGCAGGCCUUCCUGGAUCGAAGUGCUUCCGAGGUUCAGAAGAUACGGCGCAUACUUCCCAAG